UAGUUUUUCGUUGUCAACGUAACUCUCUUCGAAAAUCAAGUGAGUUAUGACUAAUGGACACGCGCGAUUGAUGCAUUGUGAAAAACAUCGAGUUAACGUUAGUUUGUAGUGAACUGCACCACUUAGGCUGUAGCUCGUACGACUUGGGAUCGCGGUAUAUAUGUGAGUUACAAUGAGGCUCGUGAGGCAGUUAUAACAUUGUAUUCGCUCGAUUUAUCAACCGAUCUACUGCCAUACGUCAGACAUAGCUACAUGUUCUGUAUGUUAUGAAGGUGUGCUAAUAAAUCUAGCGCCUGGAUUAAAUAUCUGUUUUACAACAAAGGAAAGGGGUUUGGACGCUACUAUCAAUCGAUAACUGAAUAUUGUUGCGGAUAUUUCUCAUUGUUUAAGUGAUUUUCCGGACGUGAACAGACUCAAACAAAUACUAUGAAGGAAAUAGUGGUGGGGCUAUUCGUGCAAGUGGCGUUUGUCUUUUGCACAACGUGCCCAAAGAACCCCACGGAGCAGGUGAAGGAAUGCACAAACCGGGUACUUCCGGAACUCUCCAUCAACAGCGGCGUCGACGCGCAACAGAGACAGGUUGACAGGGCGAGGGACUUUUGCAAGGAUUCUCGUCUACGUGACGUAGCGGACUGUAUACAGGAUAUCCUGGACAGAUGUCGAGGGACCACAGACGAGGAGCAGGUGCUGCAUCGGCUGAUCGACAAGGACAAAACCAUGAAAACCGUCGACUAUUUCUGCAAACAUUUCAGAGUGUACGAGCGUCACGCCGGAUGUAUCAGCGCCCACCACGAGCAGACGUCGCUGUGCAGCCAGGACGCGCGAGACAGCUUUACCACCAAGCUGCAGGCGGGCGCCAACAUUGACGUGCUCAUCGUGGGCUCAUGCAGGUUCUUUCAUGCCGCGCGAAGCUGUUUAACGAACACUACCGCCGGGUUUUGUGGACAGGAAGCCGCCAACUUCGUUUAUACAUUACUGUCUGGUUACAUGCCACCAUAUUGUGAGACGAAUCACCCCGAUUCCACCGACACACCGAUAUUUCGUGACACUUACGACCAUCACCAUGAUAACGGGAAUUCCGGAAGUAUAAUAACGACGUCAUACAUUGCCUUGUUGUGGAUGAUUUUGUAUGUUUUAUUAUGAAAUGAAGUCCAAAUGUAAAAUUGUGAUAUUUUUUAAACGAUUUUAUUGUUAUGUGCCAUACAUUAUUUGAGUGUGCGAAGCCAUCGAUUUUAAUUUAAGAUACGUUUCGCAAAUAGAAUUGUCAGUUCACAGAACUCAUUACGCACAUUUUUUUGUUUUAAUCGCCGUAUACAAAUAAUUCCAUUAUUCUAAGGAUUUUUUAUUAAGUGUGCGUUGUUACGAAACUAACGUUAAAUUGACAAUUCAUGUCUGUUGUUUUGCUGCACAUUUUGUUUUUAUAUGAGUGACAUUUACAAAACAUACUCUAGCACUACCUAAAUACUCUACAUUUUGAGGGUAUGUUUUAUUUAAAAAAAAAUUUAAAUUGAUUGAUACAAAAAAAGAAAAAAGUUCAGUCGGCAUUUUAUGACAUAUUUUUUAAUACAUUUUAAACCGACAUAAUGAUAUGGGUUUUACUUUCAUAUGUAAAAGUAUUGAUUCCAAAGCAGAUGAGGGUUUUUCAUUUUUUUAAUAACCAAAAAUUAAUUUUUAGCAUUUUUACUUGAACAAAAUAUUACCUUUACAUGUAUUCAGUACUUCGUUUUUCCUUAUAUGUCUGAAAGGUUAGACUAUGUAAAUUUGAGGAUACUUUUCGACAGGCUAACACGUAUACAUGUAAAUUUGAGGAUACUUUUCGAAAGGCUAACACAUAUACAUGUAAAUUUGAGGAUACUUUUCGACAGGCUAACACGUAUACAUGUAAAUUUGAGGAUACUUUUCGAAAGGCUUACACAUAUACAUGUAAAUUUGAGGAUACUUUUCGAAAGGCUUACACAUAUACAUGUAAAUUUGAGGAUACUUUUCGACAGGCUAACACGUAUACAUGUAAAUUUGAGGAUACUUUUCGAAAGGCUUACACAUAUACAUGUAAAUUUGAGGAUACUUUUCGACAGGCUAACACGUAUACAUGUAAAUUUGAGGAUACUUUUCGAAAGGCUUACACAUAUACAUGUAAAUUUGAGGAUACUUUUCGAAAGGCUAACACGUAUACUUAUUUGCGAUUUGUAUUCUGUAUUCUGGAGACUCUACAAAAUAUGUUUUCACGUUAUUAUCCCUUCAUUAUGUGCAAUAACGAGUACGCUUAUUAUCAAAACACACAUUAACCCAUGUAUGCCUAGUGGACUCUCCCAUUCUUUUGAAUUGUUUGCUUGAAUUUAUUUAAGCAAACAGCGCAGACCCUGAUGAGACGCCGCAUCAUGCGGCGUCUCAUCUAGGUCUUCGCUUUUUGCCAAGGCCAUUUUUCUAGACGCUAUGCAUAAAUGGGUUAAACACGUGUUUUACCAUUAUGUUAAAGGGACGUGUACACAUUUACUAUUAAGAUUCAGCAGUUGACCUUAUGUUAUUGUUAGGCGCGAUAUAAAUAAUCUUCAGAACAAAAGUACCGGUAAAUAUGAAAAUGUCCAUCUUUUGGCCUUUCUAAUCGCCUUAUUUUUUGACCGGAGUUAAUACGCUUGUUUCCCUUAACCCAUUUAUGCCUAGCGUCUAGAAAAAAAGGCCUUGGCAAACAGCGAAGACUCAGAUGAGACGCCGCAUGAUGCGGCGUCUCAUCAGGGUCUGCGCUGUUUGCUUAAAGAAACUUCUGUAAGAAAUAUUCUAAAUAUAGAAAUAAAUAUAAUAGACAUCUCUAAUUUUGAAAAUAAAUUGCUCCAAUUUUGAAGGAUGGGAGAGUCCACUAGGCAUAAAUGGGUUAAAGUGCGCCAUUUUUGUUGAAAGCAUACAACGGUGAACUCAUCAUACAGUGGACAUUUGUAUUGCAGUCUCUGCAUACAUUGAUUACUGUAUUCAUAGAAUACGUGUAGAAUUAUUAUCUGUAUAUUCGUAUCUCUGUCUGUUCUGCAAGAUAUGUUCGUGUUUAUGUUUCUAGAGUUCAACUCACUGUUUCACGUCGAGACCGUAAAAAUUGAUUGUUUACCAGCACACGACGCAAGCCUUAUUUAAAUUUAAAAGGAGAAGGGAAAAUAUUGGUUAUGAGCCUCGCUGUCGGACAACCAGACUUAUGUAUGUGCGUAACGUGUCGUCCCAUAUUACUCAUAUUAUCUAUGCAGUCCACACAGGCUAAUCGUUGACGACACUUUCCGCUUUUAUCGAUUUUUUCUUUUAAAGGAAGUCCCUUUUAAACAGAAUUCCAGUCGAGGUGGAAAUUGGCGUCCCUGAUGAACUUGUGUGGAGUGCACAGGCUAAUGUAGGGCGAUACUUUACUCGCAUGCAUUAAACCCCGUUUUUCCAAAAUGAGGCUCAGUUAUGCUUAAUUUUUUUCUACGUUGAAUGCGGACUGGGACACAGACACCAUUUUACGGUCAUGAUUGAAUGUCGUAAUUUUGCGAUUCUGUUUUAUAUGUAAGACACGACGUUGCUGUUAUGACCAGACACUGUGAAUAAACGUUUUGUACCCAAAA